AUGUCAUCUCAUGAUGAAUACUCAUCAGAUGAUGAGUCUAUAAUCGAAGGCAGUAAUACACAGCUUGGAUUCGUAGAUGUUCCAAUAGACGAAGAAGUUACCAUUGAAGAUACUAUACUUGGAGGUGAACCAGUUUGGCUUCACCCACAAUCAUUUCCUGAUGAGAAAUUAAUUACAUGUAAGAAUUGUGGUAAUAAGAUGGCUUUAUAUUUACAAGCUUUCUCACCUUUCGGAGAUGAAUUUCAUGAUAGAGUGAUUUAUAUUUUUGGUUGUUUGAAUACUAAAACCUGUUCUUAUAAAGAUGGAAGUAUUAGAUGUAUCAGAGGAAUAUCUAAAGAUCCUAUAAAGAUGGAAGAAUUGGAGAAAGAACAACAAAGAGAGAUCCAAAACGAAUUAGAUCAAAAAUUACAAUUGGAAAACAAAAAGAAAUUAAGAGAUGAAUUAACUAAAGAUUUAUUUGGUAGUGGAAAAGCUGAUAAUCCUUUUAGUAAAAAUACUGAUAAUCCAUUCUCUAAUCCUUUUGCCAGUCCUUUCAAAUCAGAACCUAAACAGCCUGAAGUUAAAGCUGAAACUAAAACUUAUGCUUCAGUAACUGCUGAAACUAUCCCUCCAGUCACCAAAAAAGAAAUUGUCAAGUAUGAAUUACCCUCAUAUCCAGGAUAUUUCGUAUUUGUAGAAAAAGAAAAGUUCAAAAAACAAGGUUUGGACCCCGAAUUAGAGAAAUACAAGGAUUUAAUCGAUAAUAAUUCCAUCAAUGAAGAAGAUGUAGGACCUUCAUCAAAAGUUAAUCUUAAUCCACAACAAAGCAAAAUCGCUAAUAUGUUAGAUGAUAAGUUUUUUGAAACUUUCUCAAAUACUGUACAAUAUAAUCCUGGCCAAGUGUUAAGAUUUGAUCUUGGUGGUAAACCUUUAUUGUAUAAUGGGAAAGACAAAGUAGCUAAAGCAUUCACAACCUCGCCAUUCAAUAUUCCUGCACCUGCUAUAAACCCUUCUUCAUCUAGACAAUUUGAACUUCAAUUAAUGCCUAAAACCAUUAUUGAUUUGGAAAGAGAUGAAAUUAAUAUCAUGGAUGGUAUGUCUUGGGGAACUAUAAUUGUUUGUACUGAUGUUGAAGAUUACGUUCCACCAGAAUACUUUGAUGAAAAUCAUGUGGCUUAUGUUGAAGAAUAUUGUGGGGUUCAAUGGGAAGAGUCUGUGUAG